UUGCAGGCGUGGGCAGAGGCACAGCUUCGUGUCCGCGUAGAAGAGGAGAAGGAACGCCGUCUAGAGGAACUUCAUCAACGGUACCUUACUGAGAAGAAGGAGAAAUCCGAAGAAAUGGAGAAAAGGCGGCAAAUGCUGAGAAAAGAACAACAAGAAGUGGAACAACGGCUGCGUGGUCUGUUGGUACUGGAAGGCAAAGCCACUGACACCGUUGGUCAGUACCGUCCUUCAUUAAUAGGCAAUCUGUCUGAGGUUGCUAUGCACUCAACCUUGUUCUACCAUCCCAAGCCAACUAUGGUCAAGCAGUACUAA